GAGGGAGUGUGGACACCGAGUUUUCCAUUUCCAUCAUACAGACAGCUCUACUGCCAAGAUGGUCUAUGUGCCUAAAACCCGAAGGACAUUCUGUAAGAAGUGUGGAAAACAUCAACCUCACAAAGUGGCCCAGUAUAAGAAAGUCAAGGAUUCCCUAUAUGCCCGGGGGAAGAGGCACUACAAUAGGAAGCAGAAUGGCUACAGUGGGCAGACAAAGCUGAUUUUCCGAAAGAAAGCUAAAACCACAAAGAAGACUGUGCUGAGGCUUGGAUGUGUAGAGCCUAACUGCAGUUCAGGGAGGACGCUGGCCAUCAAGAGAUGCAAGCAUUUUGAAGUGGGCGGAGAUAAGAAGAGAAAGCUAUCUGCAAAACUAUGA